CUCGGCCGGGUUGGUGUGUCUUCCUUCCGGCUUGCCGAAGAAAGUUGAGGGAGGUUCAGCGGCAACUGGGCUUUUACAUAAUGGACAGCCAGGGAAGGAAAGUAGUGGUCUGUGACAAUGGGACCGGGUUUGUCAAGUGCGGCUAUGCAGGCUCCAACUUCCCCGAGCACAUCUUCCCCGCGCUGGUUGGGAGGCCCAUCAUUCGCUCGACGGCCAAAGUGGGAAACAUUGAGAUCAAGGACCUGAUGGUGGGGGACGAAGCCAGCGAGCUGCGCUCCAUGCUGGAGGUCAACUACCCCAUGGAGAACGGCAUCGUCAGGAACUGGGAUGACAUGAAGCACCUGUGGGACUACACCUUCGGCCCAGAGAAGCUCAACAUCGACUCGCGCAACUGCAAGAUCCUGCUGACCGAGCCCCCCAUGAACCCCACCAAGAACCGCGAAAAAAUCAUUGAGGUGAUGUUUGAGACCUAUCAGUUCGCAGGAGUCUACAUUGCUAUUCAGGCUGUUCUGACGCUGUAUGCUCAAGGUCUUCUGACUGGCGUGGUGGUGGACUCAGGUGACGGUGUGACACACAUCUGUCCAGUGUACGAGGGAUUCAGCCUGCCCCACCUGACGAGACGCCUGGACAUUGCAGGCAGGGACAUCACCCGCUACCUCAUCAAGUUGCUGUUGUUGAGGGGCUAUGCCUUCAACCACUCUGCAGACUUUGAGACUGUGCGCAUGAUGAAGGAGAAGCUGUGCUACGUGGGCUACAACAUCGAGCAGGAGCAGAAGCUGGCGCUGGAGACCACCGUGCUGGUGGAAUCCUACACGCUGCCAGAUGGUCGUGUGAUCAAGGUGGGAGGAGAGCGGUUUGAGGCCCCUGAGGCUUUAUUCCAGCCCCACCUCAUCAACGUGGAGGGCGUCGGAGUGGCCGAGCUCCUCUUCAACACCAUCCAGGCGGCCGACAUAGACACCAGGCCUGAGUUCUACAAACACAUCGUGUUAUCAGGAGGAUCCACCAUGUACCCGGGUCUGCCGUCUCGGCUUGAGAGGGAACUCAAGCAGCUGUACCUGGAGCGUGUGCUCAAAGGAGAUGUGGACAAGCUUUCGAAAUUUAAGAUCCGGAUCGAGGAUCCUCCCAGGCGAAAGCACAUGGUGUUCCUGGGCGGAGCCGUGCUCGCCGACAUCAUGAAGGACAAGGACAACUUCUGGCUGACCCGGGAGGAGUACCAGGAGAAGGGAGUCCGCGUGCUGGAAAAGCUCGGAGUCACCGUCAGAUAAAGCACUGAACGGACAGACCGCAGGCACGCAGACACACACACACACAAAUACACAAACACACACACACACGUACACAUGCACACAAUUUACCCCCUCGCCCCCAUCGCAGAGUAUAUAUCUAUUUAUCCCUCUUCUUCUCCUUCGGCUCUUGAUACUCCUCAAACAUCAGAGGGAAUCGAGCCGUCACCUCCGCGCUCUCCUUCUCUCUCCUCUCUGCCUCUCUUCUCUCCUGGUUUGGGAUUGGCUCACACCGUUCCUCGCAAAGUCCUGAUUCCCCCCCUGAAACCCCUUCCUUUACUUUAAGUAGGAUUAGAAGGGUUAAUGUUGCCCUGCUGGUUUAUUCUGGAGCCUGAUUUUCAUUGAGCACUGGUGGAGAAGGUUAAAACCAGUGUGGGAUUUGUUAACGCUGCCUGUUUACCUGCAGAUAGGUUUGACGUGAAUUAAAUUGGGCAGGUAUAGCCACCAGCCUCCGCGGUGAAACUUUAAGAAAGUUUAGUUUCCUUCCUUCAUUAAACGUCCGGAGGGGAUAAAUCUCUGCAGAGUUAGCGUCUUUAAUAUCACAAUCAGGGUCCACCACAAACAGCCACGGGCCGCUUUCAGCAUCUGUUCCAGGUGAGCGAGAACUGAUCACAGUUUUAUGUUGGUUUUUAUAAAUGAUAUCAUGACUUUUCUUUUCUGGGAGAGGGAUUACUAUUUCUGCUUUUUCUUUUUUCGUUGGAUGUAUGAGCUCAUUUAUAUCUUUAAAUCUUUUUUUUUUUUCUUCCAUUGACUUUUUCUUAUGUUGCUGUGCACUACUACCAUUGUAAAUGGAGUGUAUAGUGGUAACAGAAGUUCCUCCAUGUUUUUAUGAAGAAUUGAUGGGUUGAUUUAUAAAGGGACAAAUACGCAAAGUAGAGCCCCUGAGCUUGACAUCGGUAAUGUGACGGUACUUCUGGGUUUGUGGGUGGUGACACAGUGAUGGGACGUUGGAGAGGGGGAGGGGCGGCGUUAUUAUUUGUCCUUCAUCAGACAGCCUCGCCUCUGCCUCCUCUCUGGGUGUAAAUCUUCAGCUGAAUGAACGGGUGCGAGCAGUUGUAGUGAUACGAGACUGUGACCGUGCUAUAGUACCUCACCUGUCGUGUUCCUUCAGAUCCACCCAAGCACGGAGGCAGUGGCAGGCUGGCCAUGAGAUUGAUUUGAAUCUGGGCACAGAGCGCCGGAAAACUGGGAAAAUGAAACGGUAUUUUUUUUUUUUUUUGUUGUUGUUUCUUUUGAAGUUGAAAUGCUGUUGAGACCACAUUUACAUUCUCCAGUCUUUCACUCCCAACGGUCGACUUGAUGAUUACUGGAGGCACUUCUUUUUUUUGAGUAUGAUAAAUGUGUAUAAUUUCUUUUUCCGCUUUCCAUGAACGUCUAUCCAGUGCCAAGUGCAGUUAAUGUUAACUGGAUCUCUCAUGUUUUAAUGUCUUUCUUUUUGCCUCUGUUUUUGUUUUUAUUUUCCUGUGUUGUUCAUAGCAUAACUGCCUAACGCUGAUUUAAAUAAAGAAAAGUGAUUUAUAAGGA